GAUAACCUCUAAUUAAAUUUUUGUUGAUUUUGUUAUUUUUAUCGUCUUCAUCUUCAUCUGUGAUUAAUGUGAUUUGUUAUUACUUUUUACCGAUGGAGAAAACUCCUGUACUGAAGACAAAAUUGUCCAGCAUUCAAAACCACAGGGCAAAAGAUAUUAAAAAUAUAUCAUUUUCAAAAAAUGAUUUAAACAGUGUAUUCGAGAUGGACAACGAAGAAAGUCCUGUACAAAUAGCUUGUACCCAAGAUGGAUCUGAAAACAUUGAUGUUGUUUGGGAUUGGAAUUCUCCACAAGCCAAGAAGCACCCCAAAAAGUGUCAGAAAAGGUUGCUACUACCACAGUCACCAAAAAUACCACUGAAGAAGUUCCCUUCUAAUAACUCCAUACAGCAUUUUGAGAAGCUGAGGGAAGAACUGCAAGCAUUGAGGCAAGAAAUUGCUUUACCUGAAAAUGAAGACAGUCUGAGACUAUCUCCUAGAGAAGAAGCAGACUACAAAAAUAUACAUAACAGUCCAGUCAAUAAAGUAUUUGAUGAUUUUGAUGAUGAAUGUUUUGAUAUGUUUGAUGAUAAACUCAUUGAAUUCAGUGAAAAUAUAGAAAACAAGUUCACUGUGUCAACCAAUGAAGAACAACCCAAAUUCAAAAAAAUUCAUUCAGAAGAGAAUGUACUUGGAGUGAACAGUGCUAAUCAAAAAAUAUCUUUCAAAAAAAACAUUAGUGAAUCACAUAUGAAAAUAGCUAAUGACUCUUUUGAAAGUUUACUAGGUGAUAUUGAUGUAGAAACAUUAACAUGUCCAAUUAGUGAAAAAGUUGAUUAUUCUAAACAUUCAAAUGCUGUAAAAACCAAUUCAUAUGAAACUAGAUCUAAUAAGUUAACAGAUCUAUUAACCCAAGUUGAUAAUUCAAAAACUAUUGUAAGAGUUGAUGAAUAUGAAAUGGGGUCUAAUAUUUAUCACACAAACUCAGGAAAAGUGGAGUUUCAUCGUACUCAAAGCUUUGAGCUCACCAAUUCAGAACACUCAACAGAUCUUCCCAGAUGUAAACUAGAAGAAAUUGAAAAAAAACGUAGAGAAGCUAGAGCCAAAUUAGAAUUGAAAAGAAAACAUGAUAAAACAGCCAUAUUAUCUCAAUCCCAAUGUUCUAUGACAGAAAUUGAGAAUAAAAGACUCCAGGCAUUGGCAAAGUUAGAGGCAAAACGCCAGCAAGAUAUUAUUGAACGUAAAAGACAAGAGGCAUUAAAGAAAUUACAAACAAAUAGAAAAAAAAAUGCAUUGGUUGUGAAAAGUUCACUAACUAACAGACUUGAUUAAGUGAGUUUUUUGUAUGAAGGGUAUAUUAAACAACUUACAUUAUUUAAAUUUUAUAAAUAAUUAAUUUACAAAUAUAUAGAUGAAUAUAAUACUGCUCAUUUCACUGAAAAAAUAUAUAAUUCUUUGCUGACUGCAAUAUUUCAUAAUAUCUACCCCUACAGGUAUUCAGUUAAAUAAAUUUAGUUGAAUUAACUGAAUGUAGUUCUGUUGAUACUUGACAACAACAAUAAAGUACAAAUAAGAGGAAUAAAGUUCUAUCCAAUGUAUCUAAAAUAAAAAAAAAAUUGUUUACAAGAAUCAUAUUGAAAUUGUUGCUAAGUAAUUAUUAUUUCUUACCAGAGUAAAUUCUGUUGACAAAACUGUAUCCAACUUCUGUUCCACCAAAAAAAUAAAAAUUAGAAAUGGCAGAAACUGCUAGCAAAGGGGCUGCUAUCAUACAGUUCACUCUAGUUUUCCAAUAGCUUUCUUUCAAUCCUUGUUUAUGAGGUAGCCCUAACAUAUUUUCAAAAAUGAUACCAAUGUAGUUGAGAGCAGUCCAUAUCAAUAUAUUUUUUUCCAAUCCAUGCCAAAUAUAGACAUAAGAAAAACAAACUAAACUACUGAUUGGUUUAUAAGAACCAACUCUAGUCAGGGGAAUGUAGAUAUGCCUGAAAAAAAUAUUUAAUUAUGAAAUAUUGAUUCAAGGAAAAAACAGUAUAUCACAAAGUCGGUUGACCACAAAAUUUAUAUUAACAAAUCAAGUUUGUGUGACUAGUUUCGGCUCAACGGCCAUCUUCAGACACAUAGAAAAAAAUUUGGACCAGUUUGAGAAGGAUGGAUGGUUUCCAUGACUCAAAUAAUUGAUUGACAAAAAACAUUGUUUACCUCAGAAGAUACUUGUAUAGUCCAGGGUCAAAAUAUUUCCACAUAUCUGAAUACAAGUGUAUUCUCCCAAUGCACCUGGGUAAGUGGGGUACAUUAAUAUUUUCAAAUGAAGCAAUACUGGUACUCAAGCCAUAAAUGACUAUGUAUUUCAAAUGAAAAUAUUGGCCCAUGGUAUAGCCAAAUCCAUAUAGAGACCAGCUGUCUAAAUUAUAGAUGAACUAAAAAAUGCAGCCAAUGAUUUUAAUACUACUACUUUUACUGUUGAAAUAAUACCUUUGGAUGAAAUGAUGAAGCAUUCACAUACACAAAAUGUAGACAAAUAUUAACAAAACAGAACCAGAACAGGGUUUUUAUUAUAUUCACUAUGAAUUUUUUAAAUCUACUCUGAAGUGGGGCAAUGAAAUCUUGUUUGUAAAUUUCUUUGAAAUCUUCAUAUAGAAUGAAUGGACCACUAAAAAAUGUUGGUGGAUAUAAGCAAUAGGAUAGUAAGUCUAAAGCAUGACUUGAACUUGGUUGUUUUUCUAGAUUGAAACUUGUACAUUUUAGAUUCAACCAAAAUAAUGUUACAAUGAGAAUAUUUGUCUCACAUUCUCCUAGUUUAAGGAGGUCCCAAAUAUAUUCAACACCCAUUGCCUUGAGGAUUAGAAGUCCUACUAUAGUGGUACAUGAAACCAGCCAAAUAUGGGUAGUUUUACUUUGGGGGCUUAUCAAUGUCAAAAAAAUUAGUGGCUGAAUUAAAAUAAUAAUGAGAGUGAAAAAUCCAUAGUAGAAUAAUAUGUAAAAUGAUAUGAAACAAAUCUGCCACAAUUGUAAAAUCUAAAAUCAAAAAAUGAUUAAACAUGUAUUCAAAAAAUGAUAGGGGAGCUACCUUUUUGGAAAAAUAAACAUUUUGACAAAUCACAGCAACAGUGAGAUAAAUGAUUAUCCAAGGAUAAAAAGUAACAAUAAGGGAGUUGAUACUUUCCCACUCUAUAUCUGCUUUAUCUCUUCUACCAGACAAAUAUGAUAUCCCUUCAGAAAAAUCAUUAUAUUCAUCUUUAUAAUUUUUGAAGUCUACAAUAAAAUAUGUAAUGAAUGGAAUAUAACAUAAAACAAUGAAAUCAGUACAAUUGUAGCUACUCCCUGAGAAACAGUACAUUGAAAAUAAUACAGAAUAUAUCCAAACUGAAAAAUGAACAGUUUUCUCCAAAAUACACAACAUCAUUUUUAAUAUUUUCAUGAAUCCCUGUUCAUGGUCUGCCUCUCAGACGAAUUCGUCUGAGGUCUGCCUAGACGUCCAGUAGUUCCAAAAAAUUAGAACGUGGUAACAGAACUACUGAGCUAAGCUAAUCUAAAGCAAUGAUCUUCCUCUGGCUAAAAUGUUUACUUGAUAUAUGCCCAGUAGCCCCAGGCGUGCCCCACUUGGGCUUCUCAGGCUUCUCUUACAGUUUAACCUCACAAGUUCAC